AAGACGCAGUUUCUAGCGUGUAAUCACUUUGCGCCGAGAGAGAGGACGAAGUUUACAGGUGGAAAGCAGGAAAGCUUGACAGCAAAACUGAAGAACGGCCAAGAGAACCAGCCAUGUUUCGUAAGAUUGGGUUGACUGUUGCCUUGCUCGCUGCCUUUCUUUGUUCAAUUUGUUCUGGUCGUCAAGCUAUCUUUGCCAGAGGUCAGAACAGCAAAGAAAGAUUGGUUGGAGUAACCGUCGUUGGUGAAACUGUUUUAAACAUCAUUAGUGUUGGCCUGCCAGACUUUGAUGUCAAUGUUCUUGUUCCCAAUGCCACUGAGGUAAAUAUUAGAGGCAAUACACCAAGCUUCUCAACUGCAAUAUGCAAGUCUAAAAUGACCUUUCUUGUUGCUGUGAAUGAUGUGAAUAGCCCACGAGUGGUUGUUGUUGACCUUGAAAAUAGGAAGGUGCUUGGGACAAUUCCUGUGAAUGGGAUCCUUAUUGACAACAUAGAAUGUGAUGAAGAGGGAAAUGGAUUUGCCUAUGUUUUUCAACUUGGCUCUAAGCAUACAGUUAUUAAGAUGGAUUUCAACACUAUGUCCUAUUCAAAGCUAAUGCACAGCAGUUAUAAAUCAUAUGGUGGCAGCUCUAUUGACUCAAAGAACAAGCGAUUUUUCACUGUUGCUGAUACUCCAUAUUAUGAUAGCUUUAAUUACUCAAUCAGUGUGAUGGAAUAUGGAGACUCUAAAGAGUAUUUGACCUUGCCUUUCAAACAUUAUAGUAUUGGCAGUCUUGUCUAUGACCCUGUUUUUGGCAAGCUGUUUGGGUUUGUACAAACACCACCAGGUGUGCAGGAAGGAGUUAAAUAUGCCACAUUCCUUGCAGAGUUGGAUCUAAAUAAAGGGUCUUUGACCUAUCUUGCGGGGCCUUGGGAAAGAGUGGCCUUAAUUGAAGAGUCCGGAUUGACACUUGAUGUUGAUAACCAUAUGAUUUAUCUGAUGACUGACGAUAAGAUCCGAAAAAUUGAUGUUCAAAAGAAACAAGUAUUAUUUGAGAGGCCGGCAUCUGGAAUUCCAUGGCCAACAAAAUGUUAUGAGUUUGCUAAUGGCUUUUAAAUUGCUGCAGAAAGCUUCCUUAGAAAUUAAUGCUUGUUUUGACAUAAAAUUGGCCCCAGAGUUGAUAAAAACUUAUCCUAUGGAACUGUACCAAAUCUGUACUGUAAAAUGUGUGGAAAAAGUUAGAAUUUCUUAUUAUAACAAUAAUUUGUAAUGCUACAAAUUUACUUCUGGAGCUUUGGGCUGUAUGAUGUACUAACUGUUCCAUGGCUUUGCUUUGUUACUUGUUUUUGUAUUAUAUAAUUGGAUUAUUAACAGAAAAAAGUUCAAAA